AUGACGUGGCAGUUGACCGAUGACGUGGUGGUUGACUGGGUGACGUGGCUGCUGACUGGGACCAAGUUGUUGGCGUGGCUGCUGACUGGGACCACUGACUUGGCAAGUGACUGGACUACUGAUGUGGCAGCUGACAGGAUUCUCCUUGCUGACGUGUCGAUGACGUGUCAGAUGAUGUGGCGACACGUCAUCAUCUUCUUCCUCAAGAAUUUUCUUUUUUCUUUUCAGAACUUCAGAAGGCUAUAUCUCUCAGCUCCGGUGUCUGUUUUUCGCCCUUGGUACUUUUAUGAUCUUGCUGAAUUAGUGGCAGAGGUUAAAGAAAAGCUCGAAAAAGAACAUAAGAAUCUCCCAAUUGGGAAGUACGGAAGAGAUGACGAGGAGAUAAUCCUUUGCGCCGUGCCCGGGCACCAGCUGGCCCGGCACGGGACCGAGCCCGGUCUAGCCGAACCCAGCCCGACCGCCCGGCCCAGUCGAGCCGGCGGUCUGUCCAGCCAGCGAACCGGCCGGUUCGACCAGCGGUUCGAGUCCGUUUUGAUUCGUGACUUCCAGUCCGAGUCUAUUUUCGGAAUUUUAAUAUUUUUCCGAGCCAGUCCACCAAAGGAGAGUCGAGCCUCCGACCGCUACUCCAGUCAGCACUUGCAUCAGUUCAGUUAUCAGUACUGGUCUUUGUGGAGCAUAGUGGUUUGCUCACGCCCCCAUUGUGUUUUUCAAGAGACGGAGUCGAGCGUGCCGGAGAUGGCGAAAAGAAUUUGGCGUAUCGAUUUAUCAGAAGAAUCAGUGUAUCGCUCUGCAAAAACUGGUAAAGCUUAUCUGCACGAGUGCUUGGAUGUAAAAGAUAGACCGGUUAUAAUAGUGGAUGCAUCAAAACAUUUUCCUGGGGAGCAAGAACCUUCUGAAGAUGAGAAGCUAUGCGUGUUUUUUAUCGAGAAGGCACUUGCCAAGCUCCCACAUGGAAAUCAAGAAAUACUUAUAGUUAUUGAUCUACGAAAGUUCCAGACACAGAAUGCCGAUAUUAAGUACGUAACUUUUGUGGUGAGAUUUUGCACUGCAAAGGAUGUGAAAGAAGAGUAUUUCACGACAAAUACUGUCCCGGCUAGCUUCCGAGAAUGAAAUGGAAGGUUUAACUUGAGUUAGAUCAAGCUAUUUAAUUCUCCCUUGGACACAUUCUUUAGUUUGAAUAAAAUGAAAAGUUUUAUGCUGUCAUAAAGAAAUCAGAAGACAGAAAAUGGAAAGUGUCAUGGGUGUAAAUGUAAAUCAUCCAAAUCUGAAGGACUAUUGACUAUUGUAAUAUUUUAUCGUGGAACCAACAUAAAUUGGGGACAUUGUGAGGUGCAAUUAUAAAAAAAAUUAUAUAGAGAAUCCAACAUAUUGACAGUCGAUUUAAC